AUGGCUAUUUGUACAUCUCCCACUUGUGGCAAAGAAACAGACUCGGCACUCAAGUGUCCCGUCUGUCUUAAAGAUGGCAUAGAAAGCGUGUUCUGUGACCAGACAUGUUUCCGUGCUUCUUGGGGAACUCAUAAAUUUGUGCAUAAACCGGAGGACGGAAAAACUCCAUAUAAUCCGUUUCCAAGUUACAACUUUACCGGCGAAUUGCGCCCAGCAUAUCCGUUAUCACCACGUAGACCCAUUCCCAAGCAUAUCAAGUUGCCUGAUCACGCGCAAAAAGGAAGACCGCUCGGAGAAAUCAAGAAUGACCGGAUUGGAAAAAUCACUAUUUUGAGUGCCAAGGAAAUCGAAAAAGCAAGAAAAGUUGGAAGAAUGGGCCGUGAAAUCUUGGAUGCGGUAGCAGCACACGUCAGACCUGGCAUAACCACCGAUGAGCUCGAUGCCAUUGUUCACAAGGAAACUGUGAAAAGAAACGCAUAUCCAUCACCUCUCAAUUACUACAAUUUCCCCAAAUCUUUCUGCACCUCCAUCAACGAGGUUGUCUGUCACGGCAUACCCGACCAGACCGUCUUGAAAGAUGGUGACAUCAUCAAUUUGGAUGUGUCUUUGUACUAUUUGGGAUUCCACGCCGACUUGAACGAAACCUACUAUGUGGGCGACAAGGCCAAAUCCAACCCAGAUCUCGUGAGAUUGGUGGAAACCACCCGAGAAUGCUUGGACAAGGCCAUUGAGCAGGUCAAGCCUGGGCUUUUGUUCCGCGACUUGGGUACCGUCAUAGAAGAGCAUGCUAACAAGAACAAUUGUUCUGUGUUAAGAACUUAUUGUGGUCAUGGAGUCAACCAGCUCUUCCAUUGCCAGCCCAAUAUUCCUCAUUAUGCCAAAAACAAGGCGGUGGGAGUCGCCAAGCCAGGUAUGGUGUUCACCAUAGAACCUAUGAUCAAUUUGGGAACUCACAAAGACACACUUUGGCCAGAUAAUUGGACCUCGGUAACACAAGAUGGUAAGUGCUCGGCCCAGUUUGAACAUAUGCUUCUUGUGACGGAAGAUGGAGUGGAAGUUUUGUCUGCGAGAUUGGAAAAUUCACCAGGAGGACCCAUUCCCAGGAUAUAG